ACUAUACUAUGGAACCCGUGGAUUUGGAUGAUUUUAGGCAACCAACUAUUCAGUCAAAUUGCAAGGCUAGGAUAUCAACUUCUUCUGAUACUAAUGGACAAUGGAGAAUUAACAACGUCAUCCUGGAACAUAAUCAUAAAACAAGUCCAUCUAAGUCGAGGGAGGUUCAAAGUGAAUUCACAAGAAAAAUGUAUUGUGAUAUCAUAUCUGCCGCUAUGACAAACAUCGGUACAACAUACGAGUUGGCAUACUUUGCCUCCGAAAAUGAAGAAAAAUGUUGCUUUAUAUUAGAUUGGAUCGAAGAACAACGUGGUGAAAUGUCGUCGAUGUAUUUGAGUAGUGUAAAGAAUUUAAUGCCGCAACACACUGCACCAAAUCCAUCUGAAAAUAAAAAUAUUGGGGCUAUUCGUGAUCCUGUUUUAUCCAAAAGAAAAGAUGCUCCGAGAAAACUGAGACGAAAAAAUCCGUUGGAGUCACGAUCACAUAAAGUGAAGGCUACAUCUGCAUCAAGUAAAGGAAAAAGCCAGAGAAAAAUUUAUUCCGACUUGCAAACUGAUGAUACUAGUGUGCAGGAUGCCAUUCUUAGAGAUUUUUCUGAUGGUAAUGGAUACCAAGAAGGAUUAACUCAACAAUCACUAGCUUCAAAUUCUACCCCAUCACCAGCUUCUUUCACAUUCAAUGUGAAAAACAAACAGAUAAUACUACAAGCUACUAUCAUCCACAAGUUGAUCAAGACAUUGGCAAGGCAUUGUGAACAAAGCCUUUAUUUUCCUCAAGUU